AUGGCCGAAUUCAUCCCUCGCCCUCCAUCUCCCUCCAAUCCGGGGUCAUUCCCACCCGCAGAAGGCGUUCCAGUUGCUCCACCUCCUUGGACCCUCAAGGCCAAAGCGUGGACUUUUCUCUAUUCCGAUGUCGACCAAGGGAACGAACCCCCGCCUCAAAAUCCCAAUAACACACCCGCCAUUCUACAAAAUGUCCUUCCUCCAGGUGCUUACCACCCAUUUGAAACCAUUCACACCGAGGCCCUCCAGAAACUCCCAGGGGGCGAGCCCCAGUACCGCAAUGGAUGGAUCAAAGGCAUAACAAUUAUUCGAUAUGAGGAUUCUGACGUCGGGCCAUACGAUGAACUCAUUCUUGUACCUGGCAAGGCCGUGAAUCCACACACAAGCAAAGCCGACCAGCGAAUCAGCACUAUUUAUGUCUCGACCAAUGCUAGUGUUUGGAACGGAAGACGGAAUUGGAAUAUUCCCAAGCACCGUGCAGUCUUUAGCUUUACACCUAGCGGAAGCUCGAGCUCGGACUUGGAAGUACGGGUAUUCUUCCCCGAAGACUCGCCUGCCCCGCUAGAUCCUAAGGUCCCGUUCUUUACCGCACUGCUGAAAGGCUCCUCUCUACCGAAGAUACCCUUGCCAAGACUGGGCCCCGUACCUGUUGUUCAGCCUCCACUUUCGAAAUCAAGAUCGCCUCUCGCGGAAGACAUGGUGAUUGCGACCGAUGACCCGGAAAACGGCCGCGAAAAUCCGUGGUUGGCGACAAAGCCAUCGUUCAAGGGGUCAUGGGGGCUAGCAUAUCCUAGCACACUAGAGGGUGAGCUGGAACACUACGGCGAUGGGAUUGGGUUCCCAAAAAUCAAGCUUUGGUCGGUUGGAGGUGCAUUCGAGGGAUAUAUUGGAUUUGGGGUACCGACUGCAGUGAGCUAA